AUGAGCAACGCCGCAAAAUUCGAUGAUUUUUUCAAGUUGUCGCGGUUUUUCUACACCACCAUUGGCAUAGAACCCUACAAUGAACCGGGUGUGGAAGUGAAAAAAUCCAAAUCAUUUGCUGCAAAUCUGAUAUUCUAUUCGGGAGUGAUUAAUUUAAAUUAUCUGCUCUCCAUGGAAAUGGUCUACGUGGCCGUGGCAUUUGUGCGUGGUGAAAAUAUCCUUGAGGCCAUAAUGUGUUUGUCCUACAUCGGCUUUGUGAUUGUCGGCGAGUCGAAAAUGUUUUUCGUUUUUCUUAAGAAACCAAUUCUAAGUGAAUUUGUAAAACGUCUCGUCUCAAUUUUUCCACAAGAAGUUAAAUUACAAAAAAGUUGCAAUCUUGCGAGCUAUUUAAGGCAAUACAGUAGGGUGACCAUCUUCUUUGCCCUACUCUAUAUGAUAUUGAUUUGGACCUAUAACCUCUAUGCCAUAACCCAAUAUGUGCUGUAUGAAAAAUUGCUGAAAAGUCGCGUUGUGGGACAACAGUUACCCUAUUACACGUACAAUUGGUGGGAUUGGCAGGGUCAUUGGUCCUACUACCUAUUGUAUUUCAUGCAUGCCUUUGCUGGCUAUACCUCGGCGGCAGGACAAAUUGCCAGUGAUAUACUCUUGUGUGGAUUUGUCACUCAGAUAAUAAUGCAUUUUCAUAAUAUCUCGCAUGUUUUGACGAAUUACAAGGUAAAGAUUGACCAAGCCAAAAAUAGGCAGGUGGGUCUCUCAAAAGAUAUGGCAUUUCUGAAGGACAUUAUUGUCUAUCAUAAAUGUUUGUUGGAUUUAAGUGAACAACUGGCCAGCGUCUUUAGUUUACCGCUGCUGCUGAACUUCUCAGCUUCUUCGUUUGUUAUUUGCUUUGUCGGCUUUCAAAUGACCAUUGGCGUGGAACCGGAUACCCUCGUUAAAUUGUUUCUUUUCCUUUUCUCAUCGACAGCUCAAGUCUAUUUGAUUUGUCACUACAGUCAAAUGUUAAUGGAUGCGGUAAGUUAA